AGAUGAGGUCGAGUAGAAACGCGAUGAUAAAAGGAGCGCGGUAACCCAGACACUGUUACGGUCGACUUGCUUUCUUCCAAGCGCCUCUUUGAUUUUACAUCGUUCAAGUCCCAAGUACCCGCCUAUCAAGCUCGUUCGAGUUCCAUCUGAAAUAUCGGAAUACAAAAUGCACGCCCUCACUCUCGCCUUAUUUGUUGCACCGGCCGUCAUGGCCGCGACGCCACGAGCGCGUUCUGGCUUACCGAAAAGCUUCGCUCAAUCUAAGUUCCUUAAUGUCCUGGCAACCUGCGACGUAGGCCGCGUCCAGUGUGAGAGGGGGUGUAUGCCCUUCGACGCUGAGUGUUGUAAUGACAACACCGACGAGUAUUGUCGGAAAGGUUACUACUGCAUACCUGGCGCAUGCUGCCCUGAAGGUGAAAUUUGCAGCGGAUCCGGCGGAGGCGAAGCCGAGUGUGACAUUGGCGAGACUGAAUGUGACGGUCUAUGCAUGCCCUUGACCGGGACAUGCUGCAAUGACGGUCUUCAUUAUUGUCCCGACUUCGGCAAAUGUACCAGCGAUGGAUAUUGCUGUGAUAUUGGCGAUGACUGCGACGAAGGUGAUAGCAGUGGUAGCAUCCCCACGGGCUUUAGAAGUAGCACCGCAACUGAUGAUGACGUGACGUCCACCACGAGCCUCACGACAACAAAGACGAGUACCUCUACUACCCAUCACCACACCUCGUCCAGCACUAGCAGCGAGACUAGCAGCGAGACUAGUGAAACCAGCAGCGAAGAGACCUCGAGCGAAACGUCUACUACUGCAGAUUCAACCACCGAAACGCCCGUCACUUCUGCUCCUAAUGCUGAGGUCACUACAAGCGUAUCCCAACAGGCCGGCGGCAUCUUCACAGCUGAUGGGAAGAUAGCUGCAGGUCUUGCCGUCGCCGCCGCGUUGCUGGUUUAAGGCUAUCCAAAUAUGGUGAUUUCUUUGAACAUGAUGGCGAUUAUAGUCGAAAAGGGGACUUCGAUUCUUGUCAAAUAUUUGGAUGGUCUAAUGAAUAUGGCAAAUGGGAUGAAUAAUACUGGAUAGUUAACACCUAUAUACCCGGAAUAAAAACUUCUUACCGUAUGACCUCGUUUUUAAAUCGUCCCGAGUCGUUUCCUUGUCACCAACUGCCAUAGUCAGCAUGAUCAAUUACCUUCUACUGACCAGACUUUAUUCGAUCUGCUCGGUUAUGAUGAUCUUGAACUAGAGUAUUGAAUCCAUCACGAUAGUACUAAAACCAAUUAUGAAAACCAUUAAGUUUCGUAACUAAUAAAGCUUCUUUUCUCUAUAAAGCCAGCAUAUAAUUGCGCUGUCAAAGUCGCGGACUUGAGAAGAAAAAGUUGAAAGAGAUCAAUAUAAGGCGUGGUCAAAGUUGCGAAACCGAUGAACGGAUUAGUGGAGCUGUCAUCCGAGUGGGGUAGGUACCUUAGGUACUUUAUGGGCUGCUCCUCCACUGUGCCCCUGUUGCGUU